AUUCAUUCAUUCGUUCAGUGAAAAUUCAGAGGAAAUUGAACAGUUACUGUUGCUUUCAACUCCCGAGAACGCUUCGUCCACCUGUCGUACGUCAACUAGGACCGCUUCGGCACAAACGUUCAGAUAUUACCCAUGGAUCGCUUACUGAGAUUAGGAGGCGCAAUGCCGCAGGCCCCACCGCCAACAGAUGCCCCAGUUGUGGACACUGCCAAGCAAGUAUACAUUUCCUCCUUGGCGCUACUGAAAAUGCUAAAGCAUGGCCUUGCCGGAUUGCCGAUGGAAGUCAUGGGUCUCAUGUUGGGCGAGUUCGUUGACGAUUACACUGUUCAGGUUAUCGACGUGUUCGCUAUGCCUCAGACUGGAACCAGCGUUUCCGUCGAAGCCGUAGAUCCUGUCUUCCAAGCAAAAAUGUUGGACAUGCUGAAACAGACGGGGUUGUCAGGCGUCGAUAUAAACACACAACAGUCGUUCGAGGAAUUGAGUGAGAGAGCCGUGGCCGUUGUGGUGGAUCCUAUCCAAUCAGUUAAGGGCAAGGUCGUCAUCGACGCCUUCCGACUGAUCAACCCUAACAUGCUAGUAUUGGGACAAGAGCCUCGACAGACUACGUCGAAUCUGGGCAACUUGCAGAAACCCUCCGUGCAGGCCCUGAUCCACGGGCUGAAUCGCCACUACUAUUCGAUUAGCAUAAAUUACCGUAAGAAUGAAUUAGAACAGAAAAUGCUUUUGAAUCUGCAUAAGAAGUCGUGGAUGGAUGGCUUAAGGCUGGCCGAUUACAAUGAACAUUGUACGAUCAACGAGAAUACAGUCGCCGAAAUGCUGGAAUUGGCGAAAAAUUACAAUAAGGCCCUCGAAGACGAAGAGAAAAUGACGCCCGAACAGCUAGCGAUCAAGAAUGUUGGCAAACAGGAUCCGAAGCGGCAUUUGGAGGAAAAAGUCGACAAAGUCAUGCAAAACAAUAUCGUCCAGUGUCUGGGGGCGAUGCUGGAUUCGGUUGUUUUCAAAUAAUUCAUUUGCGUGGAUGUGCGUUUCAUGACUGCGGAUUUAUUCUAUAAUUUUUUUUCCACCCAUUUCGCAUUUUGUUGCUGUUCAGAUUUCAUCUUGGACCAGACAAGUUUGAUUCGAUGUGCGUCUUAUUUAACGAAUAAUUCAAUUGAUAAUUUUGAUCGAGUACUUUGUAUAAAGGAAUUAAAAAUAUUGAAAAUAUAAAUUUACAAGAAAAAAAAAA